AUGCUCGUGUCGGCUUCCAUGGCGUAUGCCACGGCGCAAGUCCAGGCGGAUAGCCUGGCGGGAAUCCCGGGGACACGGGAACGGAGGAUCGACGGGGAAUUUGUAACCCGAGAGCGCGAGGAACUCGGGUUCGCCGCAUACUCCCCCGCUUCGAGCCUCUCGUCGUCUGCGCGGCCGUCGCCGUUUCCGCGCAACGCCAUUCCAUCUCUUGACCUCGGCUCGCUGCCGUCGAACGCGGAUGCGCGAAAUCCGCCGCCCAAUGUCGCGCGCGGCAGAGUGGGAGCCUCUGCGGAAAAGCCGAAACUGACUGGACGGGCAGGCGCGGGGAAAGGAACUUCGGGGGAAGCGGCGGCUGGGGCAGCUGUGAAAUCGACUCAAAUUAGGGAAGAGAAAUUUUCCGGGGAAGGCGAAUCUUUCCCGAAAACGCUUCGUACAGGCGGUUACUUCGAUUGCGAAGAUGAAGUAGUUAUGCUUCAACACAUGAUAGAACCAUCUAUGGUAGAGGAGAACAACGGUAAAGCGGUUCAGCGUAAGGAGAUAGAGGAUCAAAGGCUUAGACUGGUUUUGGCGGACGAGGAGGAGUCGGAUGCGGAAGGACCGGUGAGUGCGCGGGAGGAGGGGGAGCUGGCGGCGGAGGGCGCAGCGGAAGAAACGGCGGAGGUAACAAUUGCGGAACGAGACGCCGAGACCGACACGGAGACAAAGGAGACGCGGCUCCGUCGAUUCCUCGAUGACUCCGUUGACUGCGUUGACUGUACCGAACCUGCUGAUUGUGCUGAUGGCUCCCGAAUGGGAGACUCGAGCGUGCCGGGAGCCGUUUCUGCUGCGGUCGCUGCUGAUGCUCCGACCAAGCGCACGCGGAAGAAUGCACGGAAGGCUCGGGGGAAGAAGGCGGGUAAGAAGUCCGCGGGAAAGAAACAGCGCAACAGCGUUGCGGAAAACGAACGGCGAGUGCAGCAUGCCGACGAGGCGGCAGCCGAGGCGCAUGCUGACGUGGCGUCCGAACCCACCUUAGCGAAGGGACCUAGCGGCUUGCCGGCGUCCCCGCUGGCGUCGGCUGCGGAGUCCGCACCGGCGGAAAGGACUUGCGCGGAGGCGGAAAGCAGCGCAGAGGGGGACCGCGAACGAGGAUUCGCGACUGGAAAAGCAACGGAGGGACACGACGCGGAGCUGACGCGAUCGGGAGUGGCGGAAGGCAGCGCGAUGGCGGAAAACAGCGCAGUGGCGGAAGGCAGCGCGGGGGCGGAAAACGUGGCGCAACGCCUGAACGCCCAAGGCGCGGGAACGGCGGACGAGGCGGAAUCGAAAGCGGGAGCAACACACGAACAUCGUAAUCUUACCAAGGUGACUACUAGCGAAUCAUGCGGUGAUGACGUGGAGGAGGAGCUGCGCGCGUGCCUGGCGGGAAUGGCGGCGGAAGAGGAGGCGGAUAUCCGGCGGGAGCUGGAUGAUGCGCUGAUUUUUGGAUCAAGCGACGGGGAAGCGGGAGAGGCGGAAGCUGAGGAGAACUGGGGAGAAGAAAGAGGAGCAGGAAGAGGGGAGGAAAGGAUGGGGAAAGGAGACCGUGAAGGAGAAGCAGAUGUGGAAUUUCUUAGAGAAGAUUGUGGAGAGAAAGGGGAGGGAGAAAGGCGGGAGACGGAGAGGGGUGAGCGGGGUUCGACUUUGGACGUUGGUGGAGAAACCGGAGACGCCUCGGGAAGCGCGGCGGAAGCAGCGGCGCUGCAGCAGCAGGAGGUGCGCAUCGAGGCUGCGGCCACUUCUGGGAGAGAGGAAGCGGGAGAAGCGGAUAAUAAGCAGGAAAACGGAGAAAAUCAUUUUUCGAAAGAGAAGGACCCGGAAUGUGUCUUUGAUGCGCCUCAGGAGCGAGUUCGUUCUCCGGAGCGAAUUCGUUCUCCCGAGCGGGCUCAUCUUGCGGAGGAGGAGGAGGACGCGGAAUGGAUUGCGCUGCUCGAGGAGAGCCUGGCCGAACGCGCGCGGGAGCGGCAGCGGGAGGCGGCGGAACGAGACGCCGCGCAGGUUGCGGGCGGCGGCGGUGUAAAUCCCUUUGCGCUAGCGCUGGGGGAGAGCGAGGCGGAGGGCGAGGCGGAAGUGGAGGCGGAGAGCGGGGCGGAGGUGGAGGCGGAAGUGGAGGCGGAGGGGGAAGCGGAGGACGACGGGGAGAGUGAGGCGGAAGAAAUCGAGAUGAUCAGCCCGCGAGGAAGCGCGCCGAGCAGCGGAAUUGCGCUCGCCGCUCCGCCGUGUGAGGUGGUGACGGUUGGUGUAGAGGAGAGUGUGGACGAGAGUGACGUGGAUGAGGACGAGAGUGACGUGGAUGAGGACGGGAGUGACGUGGAGGAGGACGGAAGUGACAUGGAUAGGGAGCAGAGUGACGUGGAGGAGAGCGACGCAGAGGCGGAUGAGAGUGAGGUGGAGGGGCAGAGUGACGUGGAAGAGGAGCAGAGUGACGUGGAGGAAAUCGAGAUGAUCAGCAACCCGCGGAGUAUGGGGGGAAGCGAGAGGCGGAGUGAGAAGGCGGGAGGAGAGUUGGCCGAUGAAACCAAUGGGGCUGAUGGGGUGGAGAUGAAGGGGAGGGGAGAGGAGAAGCAAGAGGAGGAAGAGGAGGAAGAGGAGCGCGGGAGGGAGGAAGGGGAGAAGGAAGUGGAGGAGGGAGGCGCGGAAGCAGCUGUGCUUUCGCCCUUCCCGUCGCCCCUCCCUUCCCCACACCACUCCGACACCUCUUGCCGGUCAAGUGGAUCCAAGCAUUCAGCCAAGUCAAUCAGGUCAACUGAAUCCAAGCACUCGGUCAAGUCAACGCAGUCAAUGGGAUCAAGGCGAUCAGCAAACUCACGAACCUCACACGCGGGGUCAAACAAGUCAGACAGAUCCCCAAAAUCAAUCCAGUCAACGCACUCCAAGGCGUCAAACCGAGCAGCUGCCGCCCAGCCUUCCACCACUUCUGCCGCCCAGCCAUUCCCUCUCUUCACCACAGUGACGUCACCCACCAAGCCCUUCUCCCUGCCGGCCGCUGCUGACGUGGCAGUGUUUCGGUUCGUGGAAAAGGAAAAUGCGGAGGGCGGAGAGCAGCAGCAGCAGCAGCAGCAGAAGCAGAAGCAGCAGAAGCAGCAGAAGGGGAAGGAGGCGGAGAACGAAGGGCAGCAACAGAGGCGGAGCAACGGAUCUCUGACGUCAUCUCCCACUGGAAGGCAGACACGGCAGCAGCAUCAGCAGGAGGAGGCGAAGUGCUGUUGGCAGCGUGCAAGGCGGUGCGCCCUCUCCGCCCUCUCCGCCCACUCCGCCUUCCCCCCGCCCAGUCCCUCCACGUCCUUCCCCUCCCCCGCGCUCAGCGCGCACCACCUGCUCUCCGCCUUCCCCCCGCCAUCCCCUGACGCUGCCCUGCGCUUCCUCUGCUCCCCCUCCUUCCCCCCGCCCUCCCCCGGGUGGCCCCUGCGGAAAAUCCGCGUGGUGGGGGGGAACCGGCGCCCUGUCUACUCCCCCGUGCAUAGGCUCAGCAGGGGGGGCGCGGGGGGGUCAAGGGGAGGGGGGGAGGCGGGCGGGAAUAGGUGCGGGGGGGAGGAGGGCGCAGGGGGGUGUGGGAAGUGUGGAGGGGAAUACAAGAUGUGUAGACCUUUGGGAAGGCUGGAGGAGGGAGAGGGGAAUGAAGGGGAGGAGGGUGGGAGGAGAGGAGGGAGGGGAGAUGGGGGAGAGGCGGGGGAAGGGGGUGGAAAGAGGAGUGUGAAGGCGAGAUGGAGCAAGGUGGUGUCGGUGCCUGCUUCCAUGUUCACUCGCAACGAGUUUGACACGAGGAGGACUCGCUCGGAUAAGACAGGGGCGACCGGGGCAACAGCAACAACAGGACGUCCAGCAGCAGCAGCAGCAGCAACGACAAUAAGCCAGCAGGAGGGCGAGAAGGGAAGCAGCAACAAGAGGAAACCGCAGAGCGUUCUGAAGAGCAUUCGGAAGAUUCGACGUGAGUCAACAACCCUCCCCCCGAACCUGCUGCUGCCCUCCGGUUUCCUACCCACUCUCUAUCACUUCACCUCACAGAUAAAUCCACGCAUUGCCGUGCCCACCAAUGUUUUACCAGGCCAUUCAAGCACCAGGCCAUUCAAGCACCAGGCCCUCUCUGUCACUGUUGGGCCAUAA